AUGGCCUAUUCCCUUUCAACACACAACUUUGUUGCGCUUUCAGAUCUGCAUCCAAAUUUGGCUCGCCCUAGUAUAAUCGGUGUAGUUAUUGGGAAAACAGAUGUCAAAGGUUUUCCAGACCGAAAAAACAUUGGAUCUGAGAGAUACACCUUCAGUUUUACCAUUCGAGAUUCACCAGCUUACUUUAUAAAUGUAAAUUCUUGGGGCAGAGAGGAGUAUGUUAGAUCGCUUUCAGAAAGUUUUAGAGUAGGUGACUGUGUGACAAUUGAAAAUCCUUUAGUGCAAACAAAGGAACUAGAAAAGGAAGAAAAAUUCAAUCCCACAACUCCUAGCUGCUACAAAUUAUUGCUCAGUGAGACUCAUUCAGCGGUCAAAAUUUGUUGCCACUAUGAAGUGGACACCAAGCUGCUUUCCCUGUUGCAUCUACCUGUAAAGAAUCCUCAGGAUUACUAUUCUCUGGGUGACAUUGUUGCAAAUGGGCAAAGCCUUGAUGGAAGAAUCAUUAAUGUGCUUGCAGCAGUGAAGUCGGUUGGGGAGCCAAAGUACUUUACCACUUCAGACAAAAGGAAAGGUCAGAGGUGUGAAGUAAAGCUGUGUGAUGAAACAGAGUCAUCCUUUGCAAUGAUUUGUUGGGAUAAUGAAUCUAUCCAGCUUGUGCAGAGUUGGAUGCCACGAGAAACAGUAAUAUUUGCAUCAGAGCUGAGAAUAAAUUUUGACAAAUUUAGGAACUGCAUGACUGCGACUGUUAUAUCAAAAACCAUUUUUACAACUAAUCCAGACACACCAGAAGCGAAUAUUCUUUUCAACUUCAUAAAAGAGAGUGCAGCAACGGGAGCUUUGGAUGAUAUAACUGAGGAUCAGUUAAGAGAAUCCAUAAAUUUGCAGACUAUAGUUGACAUUUAUACAGUGGAGCAGUUAAAGGUAAAAGCUUUGCAGAAUGAGGGAAAACCUGAACCAGUCUAUGGCAUUAUUUAUGCUUAUAUUUCUACAUUGAACAUUGAUACUGAUACGUCUAAAAUUAUACGAAACAGGUGUUCAGGGUGCCACUAUGUGGUCAAUGAAAUGUCAAACACAUGCACUUUCUGCAAUGACAACACUUCAGAUGCUAAGUCUGUCUUUACCAGUUUUGAUUUACUAGUUGAUCUUACAGAUCACACAGGCACUCUACGUUCAUGUAACCUCUCAGAUGUUGUAGCUGAGGAAACAUUAAGUUGCACGGUCCAUGAAUUCCUCACUCUGACGGAAGAGCAGAAGACAGCAUUAAAAUGGUACCUUCUUCUGGAACGAAGCAAAAUUUAUUUUAAAUUGGUUUUGUCACCCAGUUUGAGAACCGGAUUGAGAGUGAACUUGCUUUCAUGCAAACUAGCAGAUCCUGUAGAGGCCAGUCAGAGCUUGUCAGGAAAAGGAAGAAAAUAACAUUGUUUGGCUUUUUAACAGCUGGAAGGAUUUAAAAAGGUUGUACUGCAUUGAAACAACAUUAUUAUAAAAAAAGAUGUUUGAUGCAAUAUUUGUAUUUUGUUAAAUGUAUUUAGAUUGGUAAAAGAGAAACAGGUUUAUUACUGAACUUUACAAAUGGGCCUAUAUCUUCUUGAUCUUUCUGUUUUAUAUUAUUCUUCUUAGAAAAGUUUAUUUAGGGGCCAUUUUAGGAAAAAAUCUGUCUGGCAUCUAGAUGCACUUUCUGUUGAAUUAAGCCCCUUAAGUAGAAAAGGAAACAAUUUUCAUUGUUUAUAAUACAUUUUGAAAAAUGCUCAAAGGAA